AUGGCAGUGAGAGACAGUGUGGAGACCAAUUUUUUUGGAUCGAUUCAUAAUAUUCAAAAAACAUGGGAGGUGUAUGAUUGGAUUUGUGUCUCUCUCCGAAUAGCUAUUUUAUGCUCUUACAUCAUUUCACAAAGUGUCAUAUCAUGUUGCCAAAGAUUCCUGAAGUUUUCGGUUCAGAAUCACUUGAUGAAUAUUCUUUUGAAAAUAAACCAGACUUUGUGCAACUGUGUACCUUUUUUUGGCAAACAUCUUCAACAAGUGUUACCCAAAGCAAUUUCAUUUAUUUCAGAGAGGGUUUUACCUGGAUUAGAGAAAUUGUCACAAGUUGUUCAAUUAUGUUUUCAGUUGCAUGUCGUGGAAAUGACACUCAAGGAUAAGAAAAACGUGCAAAUUUUUGUUACUGCUGAAAGUGAUGACCUGAAUCUUUAUGAUGAGAACAAUAGAGUGAUGACAACUCUACUAAUAUCUAACCAUAGGUCCAUAAAUGAUUAUGUGCUGAUAAAUUACUUACUGCAGCAUAGCGGCUAUAAUUCAAUAAGCUUUGCAAAUAAAAGAGAAAUUCUCAAAAACUUUUGGAGCACUGGUGAACUAUCAUUCCCCAGAUUGAAAUUUCUGACAUGGGGUAAAGUUGUUAACUUUCCACAUCUUUCAUUAAUUAAAAAUAUACUGAUCAAAGACGAAAACAGUUUUGUAAUGCCAAAAGAAAUAAAACAGCACCUUUCUAAGGAUGGCAAUGAAGUUGUAACAAUAUUUCCAGAGGUCAAUAUUCUGACGACAGAAUUGAGCAUUGUUCAGAGAAAAUUGAACCAAGAUUACUCAUUUGUAGCUAAAUUUUACAAUGUACUUUACCCAAGGUUCAAGAGUUUUAUAAGUGUUGUAAGAUGUUUUGGCAAUAUAAACAGGGUUAAAACGAAACAUCAUUCGAGCGUCUUUGAUAAUGCCAAAAAAAUUCUGAAUAACGGUGUUGAUAAAUUUGUUAUCAAAGCCAGUUCUCAAAGUGAAAAUACUGUUGAACAAGAUUUUGCACAAGCUUCAAUGGUAUUAGGGCUUCAAAAUAGUUAUGGUGGAGAGAUCAAAGAAGAACCGUCAAAGUGCAACAAUGGGAAACAAGAAAAAGCAGUACCAAAAGAAUUAAUAAGAGUCAACAGGAAUUUGUUUGAUUUCACAAUUGUUUACUACAAGCCAAAGUGCACAAAUACCAAAUUUGAUCAUGAUCAUCUUAACGGUCAAUUUAAAUUACAUAAUGGCUAUCAAUUAGAACAAGUAAAUCCAUCAUUUUUUGAGAUGCUGCAACCGGAAAAGGUUUCAAUUGAGGAAAAUCCAACCUACACAACGACUAAACCUCCUAUCGUUAUAAUGAUUCACAUAAAAAAACAUGAGUUGGGGCCUCUAUUACCAGCCAAGGGAAGAAAUCUAGAAAAAUGGUUAGAGAAUCAAUGGUCUCAAAAGGAUAAAUUAAUUGAUUGCAUAGAAAAUGGAAUUUCCAUCAGAUGA